AUGCAGCGGCAGAGGUCGAUUCUGUCUUUCUUCCAGAAGCCAUCGCCGGCGACUAAGGGUUUGGUUUCUGGCGAUGCUAAUACCAGCGGCGGCGGAGGAGGAUCACGAUUUACUGUGAAGGAAGGGGAUGAUGUUGCUCAUGGCGACGCUUCGGUACGCUCUGCGGAACGAAAUGUAUUGAAAUCUGUGGAUGAGGUUAGAGGAACGGAUACUCCGCCGGAGAAGGUUCCGCGUCGUGUCCUUCCGUCCAGCUUCAAGCCGGCUGAAUUCGCCGGAGGAGCUCCGUCUCUGUUCUCCAAUAUCAUGCAUAAGUUUGUUAAGGUCGAUGAUCGAGAAUGUUCUGGAGAGAGGAACGGAGAACAUGUUGUUCCGCUUCAUGAUUCUUCUGUAUGUAUGAAGGCUGAUAAUGUUUUCCCUCAGUUUUGUUCCAAUAACGAUCAACCACAAGAAAGAGACCAUGCUUUUAGCGUCAGUGGGACAGAUAAUCUAAGGUCAAUAGAAGAUGUAGGAGUAGAUGAUGAUGUUCUUGGCCCAGAAACACCAGGGAUGCGUCCAAGUGUUUCUCGUUUGAAGCGAGUUCUCGAGGAUGGAAUGACUAUUAAGGAGAAUAAGGUCCCUGUAUUGGAUUCUAACAAAAGGCUGAAGAUGCUCCAGGAUCCGAUUUGUGGAGAGAAGAAAGAAGUUAACGAAGGAACCAAAUUUGAAUGGCUUGAGCCUUCUCGGAUCAGGGAUGCCAAUAGAAGACGGCCUGAUGAUCCGCUUUACGACAGAGAGACCCUAUACAUACCAGCUGAUAUUUUCAAAAAGAUGUCUGCGUCGCAGAAACAAUAUUGGAGUAUCAAGAGUCAAUAUAUGGAUAUUGUGCUUUUCUUUAAAGUGGGAAAAUUUUAUGAGCUGUAUGAGCUAGAUGCAGAAACAGGUCAUAAGGAGCUUGACUGGAAGAUGACCAUGAGCGGUGUGGGAAAAUGCAGACAGGUCGGUAUCUCUGAAAGUGGGAUUGAUGAUGCAGUGCAAAAGCUAGUAGCUCGUGGAUAUAAAGUUGGACGAAUCGAGCAGCUAGAAACAUCUGACCAAGCAAAAGCCAGGGGUGCGAAUACUAUAAUUCCGAGGAAGUUAGUUCAAGUAAUAACUCCAUCUACAGCAAGCGAGGGUAACAUCGGUCCUGAUGGUGUGCAUCUUCUUGCUAUAAAAGAGAUCAAAAUGGAGCUAGAAAAAUGUUCAACUGUGUAUGGAUUUGCUUUCGUUGAUUGUGCUGCCUUGAGGUUUUGGGUCGGGUCCAUCAGCGAUGAUGCCUCAUGUGCUGCUCUUGGAGCUUUAUUGAUGCAGGUUUCUCCAAAGGAAGUGGUAUAUGAAAGUAAAGGGCUAUCAAGAGAAGCCCAAAAGGCUCUAAGGAAAUAUACAUUGACAGGGUCUACAGCAGUACAGUUGUCUCCAGUAUCACAAGUGAUGGGGGAUACGGAUGCUUGUGGAGUGAGAAAUAUGAUAGAAUCUAACGGAUACUUUAGAGGUUCUUCUGAAUCAUGGAACUCCGCUGUUGAUGGUCUAAGUGCAUGUGAUAUUGCCCUUAGCGCCCUUGGAGAACUAAUAAAUCAUCUGUCGAGGCUAAAGCUAGAAGAUGUACUUAAGAAUGGGGAUAUUUAUCCGUACCAAGUUUACAGGGGUUGUCUCAGAAUUGAUGGUCAGACGAUGGUAAAUCUUGAGAUAUUCAACAAUAGCUGUGAUGGUGGUCCUUCAGGUACCUUGUACAAAUAUCUUGAUAAUUGUGUUAGUCCAACUGGUAAACGGCUCUUAAGGAAUUGGAUCUGUCAUCCACUCAAAGAUGUAGGAAGCAUCAAUAAAAGACUCGAUGUAGUUGCAGAAUUCACAGCUAACUCAGAAAUUAUGCAAAUAACUGGCCAGUAUCUCCAUAAACUUCCCGACUUAGAAAGACUGCUCGGACGCAUUAAGUCUAGCGUUCAAUCAUCAGCCUCUGUUUUGCCUGCUCUCCUAGGGAAAAAAAUACUGAAACAACGAGUUAAAGCAUUUGGGCAAAUUGUGAAAGGGUUCAGAAGUGGAAUUGAUCUGUUGUUGGCUCUACAGAAGGAAUCAAAUAUGAUGAGUUUAAUUUGUAAACUCUGUAAACUUCCUAUAUUAGUUGGAACAAGCGGGUUAGAGUUAUUCCUUUCUCAAUUCGAAGCAGCUAUAGAUAGCGACUUUCCAAAUUAUCAGAACCAAGAUAUGACAGAGGAGAAUGCUGAAACUCUCACAGUGCUUAUCGAACUAUUUAUCGAAAGAGCCACUCAAUGGUCUGAGGUCAUUCACACCAUAAGCUGUCUCGAUGUCCUGAGAUCUUUUGCAAUCGCUGCAAGUCUCUCUGCUGGAAGCAUGGCCAGGCCCAUUAUUUUUCCAGAAUCAAAAAGUACAAAUCAGAGUGAGGAAAUAAAAGGGCCAAUACUUAAAAUCCAAGGACUAUGGCAUCCAUUUGCAGUUGCAGCCGAUGGUCAACUUCCUGUUCCAAAUGAUAUACUCCUCGGUGAGGCUAGAAGCAGCAACAUUUAUCCUCGGUCAUUAUUACUGACAGGACCGAACAUGGGUGGAAAAUCAACUCUUCUCCGAGCAACAUGUCUUGCCGUUAUCUUUGCCCAACUUGGUUGUUAUGUGCCUUGUGAGACAUGUGAACUCUCCCUCGUAGAUACUAUCUUCACAAGGCUUGGCGCAUCUGAUAGAAUCAUGACAGGAGAGAGCACUUUCUUGGUAGAGUGUACUGAGACAGCAACAGUUCUUCAGAAUGCAACUCAGGAUUCACUAGUAAUCCUUGACGAACUCGGCAGAGGAACUAGUACUUUCGAUGGAUACGCCAUUGCAUAUUCGGUUUUUCGUUACCUGGUAGAGAAAGUACAAUGCCGGAUGCUCUUUGCAACGCAUUACCACCCUCUCACCAAGGAGUUCUCGUCUCACCCACGUGUCACCUUGCAACACAUGGCUUGUGCAUUUAGAUCAAGAUCCGGCCAAGAACCACGUGGCUGUGACCAGGACUUAGUUUUCUUGUACCGUUUAACCAAGGGAGCUUGUCCUGAGAGCUACGGACUUCAAGUGGCCCUCAUGGCUGGAAUACCAAACCAAGUGGUUGAGACAGCAUCAGACGCAGCUCAGGCCAUGAAGAGAUCGAUUGGGGAAAACUUCAAGUCAAGCGAACUGAGAUCUGAGUUCUCAAGUCUGCACGAAGAAUGGCUCAAGACAUUGGUUGGUAUCUCUAUAGCUGCCCACAGCGACAUUGCUUUAAUCGAGGAUGAAGAUGUCUACGACACAUUGUUUUGCUUAUGGCAUGAGCUCAGAUCCCAAGUAAAGGCGAUAACAUAA